AUGACUACUACUAGUGGUCCCGCUACAACUCCUUCAUUGCUUGUCAAGGUCCGAAGUGAUAUGAAGGCUGCCAUGAAAGCGAAAGACAGCUCUCGACUAGACGUCCUUCGAGGUCUAAUAUCAGAUAUCACGAAUGCUGCCAAGACAUCAACACCUGUUACUACAGAUGCCCAAAUGCUAAAGAUAUUACGAAAACGCGUCAAGAGCUCCGAAGCUGCUGUAGAGGAGUUCCAAAGUGCGAAGCGGGAUGACCUCAAAGAGCGAGAGGUUGCGCAGAUCGCGGUACUAGAGGCGUACAUCGGUGACAAUGAUUCAAUGGGAGAAGAGGAUAUCAUAAGAGCCAUACAGGAUGUCAUUGGCAGACUGAGAUCGGAGGAGAAGACUGUGAAUCAGGGAAGUGUCAUGAAAUCCAUGGUGGGACCUGGUGGUACCUUAGAGAACCAAACGGUCGAUAAGCAGGUUGUCGCAAAACUGGUCAAGGGUCUUACAGAACUGCACUCUAUGAUCGCUGAAAUCCAGAUCACUUUGUCACCAUUACGGGGAGACAUCAGAGAGAGCUCUAAGAUUCAGAGUCCGGCCUAUAUCAACAGAUUGCAUGAGGGUGACGAAGUAAAAGUCAACGUCUCCAGCAGUGUGCUCUUGGAGUAG